UAAGAGUUUCCCCAGACCAACAGUAAGCGCUUAUUGCCAUACUUAAACAGUAGAGGACUCUUUAACCUGCCCAGUCAGUAAUUACACACAUUGUUAUUAGUCAGCGCGGAGCGGCAGGUGGAGAAACGUCAGGACCUUCCAAGCCAUCCAUCUUUUUAAUCAUACCUCGCCGUAAUAACAGCUCUUCUCUCCGAAUCGCUCAUUAGCUUAGCCCGCACUCUGUGAGCGGCUGCUCGCUCUAAGCGGGAGAGAGGGCGGGAGGGCGCAUGUGCUGGAGCGCGAGCGCCACAAACUCCCCGCCACUUUUGGUGGGAGUUCCCUCCGCGCGGCGUGAGAGGAAGAGCCGAAAAGUGUCUCUCCAGAGCGGCCAGAGCAGCGCGCCGGCGCAGGUGUGCAGGUGAAGGGAGGUGCGGGAAGAGGAUGAGGACUGAGACGCCCGCCGCCUCGCCGAGUCUUCAUGGCUGCGGAUUAUGGUUGUGCUCUCGGCGGACGGAGCGGGAAGAGCCGCCUUCGGCAUCGCGAGCGUGAGUGAAGGGCGCGCGAGAGAUGGAACGAGGCGAGCAGCAGCGCGCGAGGAAAGCCAGAGCGGCUAAGAAUAACAGCAGUAAGAGGAAGGACAGGAAGAGCAGGCAGGUCUCGGGGAAGGCUUUGUUCCGAAAGAAGUCGCUGAAAUCUGUGGGAAGUUUCGUGAGCAAGGUGUUCAGGAGUCUGGGGGCUUGGGCACACGGCGGAGGGGCGCCGCCGGCGGACUCCUCCCUGGUGGACGCUGAGGAGGACGACGAGGGGGGCUUUCGAGACGGCGGAGCGGCGGCGGCAGCAGCAGCCUGCGGGAACUCGAAGGAGGACGGACGCGGAGGAGUGAGGAGCUGCUCGCUGCAGACCAGGCACGCGUCUGGGGCGAAGGAGAGGGAGAGGCUGUCGCUGCCGUACGGAGAUAAAACCCCCGGUGUUCUUGGCUUGAAAAACCACGGGAACACGUGCUUCAUGAACGCCGUGGUCCAGUGCCUGAGCAACACGGACCUGCUGGCCGAGUACCUGGGCCUGGAGCGCUACAGGUCGGACCUGAGUCAGAAAAGAGUGAAAGGAGCGGUGAAGGAGGAGGACUCUCAGCACGGAGCCGGAGCCGGAGAGGUCACUGAGCAGCUGGCCGCUCUAUUGAGGGCGCUGUGGACGCUGGAGUACACGCCUCAACUCUCAGUGGAGUUUAAGGUAAUUGUGUCUAAGUAUGGUGCGCAGUUCCGAGGGAAUUCUCAGCAUGAUGCUCUGGAAUUCCUGCUGUGGCUGCUGGACCGCAUCCAUGAGGACGUCAACUCAUCUUCUCCAUCCAUGAGCAGAACCUGUGGGAAGGGUGUUGCUGGAGGAGAGGAAACGGCAGCUUCUGAGUGUUCACACCAAGACCAGCCUGGUGUACGUCACAGCUUUGUGCAGGAGCACUUUCAGGCCCAGUACAAGUCAUCUCUGACGUGCCCACAUUGCCUUAAGCAGAGUCACACCUUCGAUCCUUUCCUCUGUAUCUCCCUUCCCAUCCCUUUGCGCCAAACCAGGCCACUGUGCGUGACUCUGGUGUUCAGCAGUAAAGGGCAGAGGUAUCUGAGAGUGGGGCUGGCUGUUCCUUUGUUUGGCUCCCUAGCUUGCCUUCGGAGGAUGGUGGCAGACGAGGGCAAGAUUUCACCUGACCAGGUGAUUUUAACCGAAAUUUACACAACAGGUUUUCAUCGCUCCUUUUUUGAUGAGGACGACUUGACAAGCAUUGCUGAGAGUGACAUAAUCUAUGCCUUCCAAGCCCCACCCCUUUAUAUCAGGGGAGGGUCUACUCGAAUAUCAGGGUACCACCACAGCCUCCCUUCCUCACCCUACUCCUCCUCUGGGCCAGAGGCUCAAAGACUGGCUGCAUCCGGCGCGCUGUCCUCAGAGUUCCUCAACCAGGGUGCAGGCACAGUGAAGAUUCUUCUGCUGGUGUGUAAUGCAGCUGGAGCAGGCCAGCAGGCUGUUAGGUUUGGUCCUCCAUUCUUGAUGCGUGAGGACAGGUCAGUUUCGUGGGAUCAGCUCCAGCAGAGUAUCCUCAGUAAGCUUUACUACCUGAUGAUCAAUGGGGCUCAGCCGCAGAAUACCAGAGUGCUGUUCAAGAUCCGUGUUGUUGGUGGUUCAAUUUCCUGUAGCUACCUGAGUCCUCAAGAUGGACGGCCACUUUACCACCCUGCAGUAGACAGGGCUCUGAAGCUUUGUGGCUCAGGUGGGCCUCCGCAUGUGAAGCUGAUUGUUGAGUGGGAACACAGGAUAAAAGAUUGUCUUUUUGGGAACAUCCAGGAGGAGGUGGUGAAGGAUUCGGAAAGCGUACGGACCCAGCAGCAGCAGCAUGUUCAGCAGCACAGCUGCACGCUGGAUGAGUGCUUUCAGCUCUACACAAAAGAAGAGCAGCUGGCUCCUGACGACGCAUGGAAAUGUCCUCACUGCAAGCAGCUCCAGCAGGGCAUGGUUCAGAUGAGUCUGUGGACACUCCCCGACAUACUCAUCCUUCACCUCAAGCGCUUCCGACAGGUGGGUGAACGGCGAAACAAGCUGUCCACGCUUGUCCGCUUCCCUCUGACUGCAUUGGAUAUGGCACCCCAUGUGGUCAAGCGGAGCAACUUCACUCGGCUCCCUCCUGGAUGGAAACACCAGGCUCAAAGACCAGAGACAGGCCAGCAUGCGCAGGACUUCCUAUAUGACCUGUAUGCCGUGUGUAACCAUCACGGAGGCAUGCACGGGGGUCACUACACAGCAUACUGCAGGAACUCAGUGGAUGGUCAGUGGUAUGGCUAUGAUGACAGCAGUGUAGAGCCGGUGCCUGAGGGGGAGGUGUGCACACGUGGCGCUUAUAUCCUCUUCUACCAGAGACGCAACAGCAUCCCUGCCUGGUCAGCCAGCUGCUCUGUCAGAGGUUCCACAACCCCUUCCACGUCUAAUCACUGGCUCAUUCGUCUGAAAUCUCUGACAAGGGAGAGCCAACCAUCUAGCCCAGCAACCAAGACCUCCAGCUCUUCCUCAGCACCUGAACCACAAACACCAACUAUUCCCGUCUUCCAUGAGCAGGCCACUAAAGGAGACAGUGAUGGAUUUGAGACGAGACCAUUUGUCCGGGGCACCCAGGGACGCAGCGUAAGCAUGCGUUCACCUAGCAAAAGCAAGGAAAACCUGGGUAAAGUGCUUCCUCUGCGCUGGUCGUUUGGUUCCAAGGACCGCAAAAAACCCACUGCUAUCCCUGAGACUACACCAACUCAGCCUGGCGAACUGGUCGAGUACCUGGAAUCUGGACGGAGGCCACGGUGCACUAAGGAGCCCAUUGUUAGCCUAGUGGCUAGCCCUGCUCAAGUCAAAGCCCAGCUUCAAGAAGGAGAUUCACUCAGUUCUCCUAGUGGCAGCAGUAGCUUUAGUGGCAUGGAGCGAGGAAGCUGUCCUGGGACAGAUUCACCCAGAGUGCCUGAAGGCCAAAGCAGACCUGUUCCAGAUAGAAGUACUUCUACCGCUAAUGCUAAGGGACGAGAUGAGGGCCUAGUAUCCAGGAGGAGCUCCAAAAAGGCAAAGCAGGAGCAGCAUGGAAAGAUUCAAGAUGGUCAAUCUCACCAAGGCUCCACUACUGGCAUGCAUUCAGGCACAAGCGUUGUAAGCAGCACACCUGCUAGCAGAGACUCCACAUUAAAGAGAUUUUGGAGCCAGCCAGCUGGAGCCACCAGGAUUCCACAUAAUCAGAUCCAACCAGAAGACUUGAUUGGAAGCAAGAGAGAAGAGGUUAGAGGCCAAGAUGGCAUCCUGUCCUUCUUAAAAACAGGCACUCUCAAGAAGGACAACCAGUCAAAGGAAGAAAAUGUUAAAGAAGGAAAAACGCUGAACAAUAAAAACCCAUCCAACCUCUCAAUGUCCAAUGGAACACUGAAUGGGGUGAUAGCAGAGGAGAAGAAACCCAAUGGUGCUCAUAGAAGCAGCAAUGGGCAGCAUAAUAGCAAGGCACUGGUCAAUGGACGGGAAAACCAUAAUGGCUCUGUAAGCAUAACUGAUAUUAAGAGAGCACACAGUUCUUCCAGCAUUCAAAGCAGGCUGGAUUUGAACCUGAGGAGGACGGUGUCACUCCAGAGAAACGGCCCACUGGUGCCACCUCACAAGGCACUCACUGCAGAUAAACCCUCUUUUGCUACCCUGCAGAGAGCGAGAUACAGCACCACCUCACUAGGCAGACAGAGACCUGUGCCUGAAUCCUGCUUCUGAUGUCUGCUUAGCUGAAGGGCAAAUGUGUAUCUGUAUCUUUGGUGCUUGUGUUUGUGUGGAACCAAUUUGAGAGUUUGUGCCUCUCCUACCCAUAAGACCGUUAAUCUCUCUAGGGCGCUUCCACAUAUAUCUCUUUCAUUUAUUUCCUGGUUCAUGUGCAACCUGGAAAAAAAUAUUGAGAAAAGUCCUGCUCAAAUGAAUUCUGGAACUGGCUCCAGACAUGGGGCAAAGCUCCAUUCUAGAGUACAAGUUCUUUGUCAUAACAAGCAAGUUCAUACAUGGCAUUUGGAAUAUGCCUUCUGCCAACAAAAAUCCCAUAGCAUAUCAUUUUAAUUAGACCCAAACAUGCUUUGUUUGGUCUUCACAAUUAACUCCACUGAACAACCCUGAGCAGCCAGAUUUCUUUUGUGAAAAUGCCCUUUAGAGUGUCUGAAAUACAAGAGUCACUGCAGUCCAGACAGGGCUUUAGUAAUCUACUCAUUCUGCUUUCACCUCCAGCAUCUAGUCCAUUUGCUUCUUCAGGAAUACGUCCAGCCAAAUAUGUGUAGAGCAUUUGGAUGUGAUAGCAGCCUGAUUGAUGGCUUUGAAAACGAUGUCAGAGGGAAGGAAGCGUGAAGCUCAUAGGGGAGAAGCUGAUAACUACCCAAUUAAACAGACGUCCUGCAAUGUUUGCUCAGUGAAAUGGUGACACUGCUGCAGGAAACAGAUUGGCCUCUCCACAGGAGCAGAAGAGAGCAGUUCGACUUAAGCCAGAAAUUGCAGUCAGGGCAAUAGGUGAAGAUUUGCUAGAGAUGCAUGUUUAUGUAAGUGCCUUUUUUGUAAUGUUUCCUGAAAGAAGGAAGUUUUAGAACAUCGUUGUUUCCUACAUGCACACUCACAUAUGUUCUAAGUAGCAUCCACAGUCACUGACACUCACUCAUGCACCUUUGCACACAUAGAUGCAUUAUUUACUCAUAUUUUGCAUACAUAUGUGCCCUUACUAAACAAACAUAUUCACACCACACUGUAUAUGUCACCGUACUUGCAUCAUCUCCUUUGUUUCUAAGCAGAUACAAUCGGAGAGAGCAGCUAAUGUAUAAAUCAUGUCCCUUUCUGUCUUCUGCUCUGCCACUUGUUGUCAAUGAGUCAGUCAACACUGAGUGUAAAUCUGAGCAGUAAAUGGGCAAUGCUCUCAUUCACCACUCAACCUGGUAUGUUGAUCAUCGCUGUUGUAACAAGACCCCGUAUCAGAGGGAAAAAAACAUUCUUAACUUCAAUGCAUGUGUGAUUUAAUGUACAUGUGAUUUUAUUCCUUUUCACUUUGGACCAUUUCUGUUAAUUGGUCUCAAUUGAUUCACUGGUUUUUGAUUCGUUGGUCUCUAUUGGCUCUGUUAGUUUCUGUUGAUCCACUGCUUAUGAAAUAUUCACUGUGUGAAGUGCAUCUCAUUAUGAUGACAUGAUGUCACAUGAAUUUACAAGGGUUUGAUACGACAGUCACGUUUCACUGAAGAAAGAGUUUCAACUGUUUAAACAGUGGCUGGUAUCCUUUUUGCUACUUGUUUCAGAGUUCCUAGCAACAAUGUGUGAAAUUGUAGAAAUCCCCAGGAGCAUCAUUUACAUACUAUUUCAUACUGUUUUGCAGUAAAUCUGUACAAUGUCACAAAAGGAAGUGGAAGAAUGACUAAAAGAAGAAGUCAGUGCUUGUGAAAGAAAAUCACGAUUUCCAGCUUGAGAAUAUAAUUGAGCUGGGGAAAGAAACUCUAAUGGAAUUUUGUUGUCAGCUGAUUUACCAGGCCAGAGUUCUCUCUCUUCAAUUUUUUUUGGACUGUUGUGCAUACAUCCAGAGAUUUCUGAGGCACAGCUGGUAAUACAGUGCAUUAGCCCCAGUCACAUCUGCCCCAAAGUCUUCUAUGUGUGUUUAUUAAACCCCAGCUUUGGGUUGUCAUGGCGAGCAGCCUUGACGACAGGGCUUGAAAAUACAUUUAACCAAGCCAUCAAGCCAGCAGUGCUGCUUAGUGGUGCUCAUUCAGCUCUUUUAUAGUCUUGCUAAGUGGUUACAAAAACUAGAGCAUUGGCCAGUGACGUUCAUGUGACAUUCACAGAUCCAUAGAUGAACCCUACACUGCAUCCACAGCGUUUACUGAACUACGCUGUUGUAACGGUUUUUAUUUGAAAAAGAUAUUUACACACUGAUGUUCUUAUGGCCACUUCAGAGUUAAGAGCCUGUGUCAAAAGGAAAGACAGGACAAAUGUUGCUAUUAUUUUCAUCAGGAGCGAUUGUAUCUUUGUGAGAACUCGAAGUAUAUGUGCUGAUCCUUCCACACUCAUCAUUAGAGAUGUUCUUGGCAGCACAUACACUGACUGGCUACUUCAUUAAGUACACCUCCUACCCACUUGUACUGUCUAUUUUAUCUGCUCUGCUGACCAUGUAGACGCACUUUUGUAGUUCUACAAUUACAGACUGUAGUGUAUGUAUUUCUCUGCAUACUCUGUUGGCCCCAUUUCAUCCACCACAGAGCAGGUACUGUUUGGGUGGCAGAUCAUUCUCAGCACUGCAGUAACAC